AAGCCACUGUAAAGGAAAGGGUUUUAACUUCUAAGUGGAUCAAAUUUCUUGUGAAUUGUUUCAUCGCGCAGUCCAUGUCCCAAUUGCCCUAGCCGCGCUACCACACAAUACUCAAUACCUUUGUUAACAACGGCGAUAGUUAUUCUUCCCUCCCUCGUCGCUUGCAACUUAUCUCUCAUUAUUUCUCAAAUCUAAAAGGUUGAGUUUUCGUUACGAUGAAAGUGAUGAAGAAGGGGAAAAGACCCUCACAUAGUGGGGAAAAGAAGAAGAAUAAGAGGAACAGGGAACAAAACCCUGAUGUUGAGAUAAUUGUUGCCACGCAGAACGGUAACGUGGAUAGUGCCAAUGGAAUGCAUGUUAGAGAGGCAAAAAAGGAGAAAACUUCCAUCAACAAAAAGAGAAAGAGCAAGGACAAGAAUCUAGUUAGGAAACGAAAACCGAAAGGCCAAGAGGUUGAUUUGGAUGAGCAAAGUGAUGGAGUAGUGGACAAUCCUCAUUCUAAAGCUGAGGAGAUCCAAGGGUUAGAUGGGCACAUAGAUUCUGAUUCUGGAGCAGCUAUCAAACCAUGUAGGUCAAAGAAAGACAAGAAGAAAAGAAAGGAGGUUCAAGAUUCACCGGAAAAGGAGGGAGAAGGGUGCAAUCAGGAGGAAGUUUAUAUUAUUUCCUCUGUUGAUGAUGACUGCUCAAAAGGAAUGAAAAAAUGGAUUAUGGAAUACCAUCAAAGCAGACCAGGAUUGGAUGUAUUGCAAAAUCAAAUCGAUGACUUUAUAACUGCUCAAGAGGUGAAACUGGAAGAGGAAAGAAAAGAAAAAGAAGCCCUUGCUGCAGAAGGGGGGUGGACAGUUGUUGUGCACCAUAAGGGUAGAAAGAAAACUACUGAUUCUGAGAGUGGAAUUGCAGUGGGCUCUGUUGCUCAAGCUGCUGUAGAGAAUAAAAUGACCAAAAAGAAACAUAAAGAAGUUGGUCAAGAUUUCUAUCGCUUUCAAAGAAGAGAAGCACAGAGAAAUGAAAUCAUGACACUGCAGAGCAAAUUUGAGGAGGAUAAAAAACGUCUGCAGCAGAUGAGAGCUGCCAGGAAAUUUAGACCUUAUUAGACAAUGUUUUUGGCGUACAAGGUUCACAGUAGUUUUUUUGGUGGAUUUGGCGUACAAGGUACUUAUGUAGUCUUGAACUUGAGUUAUGCCAUUGCUCUUAAAUUCAAAACGAAAGUUCAUUUAUCAUUCCAAUUUUGUCGAAAGUAUUUGUACAAUUAGCGUAGGUAGUAGUUAUUGAGUUGUAGUAUGACUUUGCAGGGUUGACAAUGCUCAUAAGCCCCUUUCGAUCUGUCUGUUAUUGUGACUGCAUUUUGGUCAUUUUGAUAUUGUUUUAAA